CAAUAAUUUUUUUACUUUUCUAUUGAAUAAAAGUGCAAAUGAUUUUUUGUUUAAAACAUUUAAUAAUCGACUAAAUGUGAAAUAAUAUAUAGUUUAAAAAUUUUAGCAGCAUAUUAAUUAAACAUAAUGAAAAUGUCUAAAGUGAAAGAAAGUAAAAAAACAAAAACUACAAACGGUACAAUACCGAAAAAAUCUGGGGGCGGUAUUAAGGAAAAUUCAGUUGUAGUGGCAGACAACAACCAAAAGACGACCACAACAGAAAAUUACUGUGAAAAGAAUGAUAAAAUUUUAAAUUCUCCCUAUAUACAGGAGCAGGAGGAAGAUGACGAUGACGAGACUGAAGAUCAGUUUCAUUCAGCACCAACUACUCCGACCAAAUCAAAUUAUGGUUCAUUAACAAAGAAAGACCUGUGUGGUGGGCAAGAGUUGCCAUUGCACAAGUGUAUAUUUCUCAAUGACCGUGAAGCAUUAAAGGGUUUGUUGGAAAAGAAGACAGAGAAUCUUUCACAAAAAGACAAACAUGGUAAUACACCGUUACACUUGGCUGUAAUGUUGGGACGCAAAGAAUGUAUAGAUUUACUUUUGGCCCAUAAUGCCACUGUAAAAAUUAAAAACAAUGAGGGCUGGACGGUAUUGGCGGAAGCCAUUUCAUAUGGAGAUCGCGAUACCAUUUCAUCAUUGCUCAAGAAAUUACGCCAGCAAUCGCGGGCACAUUUAGAAUCCCGAAGAUCCGCCAUGAUUAAGGGCCUCAAACAGAUACAAGAUUUCUAUAUGGAAUUGAAAUGGGAUUUUACUUCUUGGGUGCCGUUAGUCUCACGUAUGUUACCCUCCGAUGUUUGCCGUAUACAUAAAUGUGGCUCAUCUCUACGCUUGGAUACCACCUUAGUAGAUUUUAACGAUAUGCGUUGGGAAAGGGGUGACACCUCAUUUAUAUUUCGCGGCGAUCAACCCAUGCAUCAUUCCAUUACUGUGCUAGAUAAUGAGUAUCAAUGUUAUAAACACAUACAUUAUGAAGACUCGGACAUUGAUGAUGAGGUGGACAUAUUGAUGUCGAGCGAUAUUUUAGCAGCUCAUAUGUCAACUAAAAGUAUACAAUUUGCUCGUGCUCAGUCGGGGUGGAUAUUUCGUGAGGAUCGUAAGGAAGUGGUAGGUGGUCAAUAUCAAUCGGAACUAUAUGCUAUACAUGGAUUGGUACUGAAGCAACGGAAACGACGAGAACAUUUGUCCCAAGACGACAUACAAAAGAAUAAGGCCAUGUUAGCAACUAUGUCACAAGGCCGCCGUUCCAGCCUGACCAACAGCAACAGUAACUCCACAGAUGCUGGCUCAACAAAUGUUUCCAUAGAAAUAACAAGACGUUCUUCUCUUCCUCCGCCACCAAAACCCUCCAUAACAUGGGAACAAUAUAUUAAUGCGGAGACUGGUAAAUGUCCCCCACUGGGCCGUACACCCGUCCAUAAACAAUCGAACAAAUCUUUAAAAGCCACCGUUGCCAUGAGUAAAGAAUUUCCUCUCAGUGUUGACAUGUUGCUGAAUAUUUUAGAAGUCAUAGGACCUUUUAAACACAUCAGUAAAUUACGUGAAUUUGUUGCUCUAAAACUGCCCCCCGGUUUUCCGGUCAAAGUUGAAAUUCCCGUUUUACAUACCGUUACCGCUAAGAUAACAUUUCAAAAAUUCGAAUUUCGCGACAAUAUUUCACCGUCGCUCUUCGAAAUACCCAAACACUAUGUCGAAGAUUCUAGUCGUUUUCCGGACUUAUGACCUGGUGAACAAGAACAACAACAACAGCAGCAGCAACAGCAAGCGGAUGUUAAUCGCAAUUCAAAUAAAAAUGGAAAAUUUUAAAGACAAUCCCCAGGAAAUUAAGAAAAUACAGUAAAAAAAUGAAAAAAAAGGAGAAUUUCUCUUUUUUUUUUGGAAACAUGGAUAAAGAAACAAUAAUUAUCAACAACAUGGAAGCAUUUCUUUUUUUGGAAAAUAAAUUUUACUUUAUAAAAACUACCUAAUUAAUGUUACGUAUCAUAUCUGUCUCUCUGAUAUUCUUACUAUUUAUUAUAACUUUUCAUGUGUAUUUCGUUUUUUUUUUAACUUUAAAUACAUUUCUUUUAUCACCAAAACAUUUUAAAAUCAAAAUAAUAUUUAUCAUUACUAUAGCCUCAUAACAUUUGUCUAAACAUAAUUAUUUUAUAAGUCACAAGAGAAAGGAAUUCCUACACUUACGAGUAUUUAUUAAAAAAUGCAACUUAUACACUUUAGAUGCAUAGUUAUAUAAAUUAUUUAUUAUUUAAGUAAAAAUAAGUUAAAUGUUAUGUAAACUGAAUUAUAUUUAAUGUGUACUACCUUUAUACUACAUACUAUUGAUCUAGAGAUUUUCUUAUAAUUUUUUGUUUGUCUUUAAACAUUUUUUUAAUGAAAUUAUCUAUGUUUUCCUAUAAUUUAUUUAUUUAAAAUUGUUUGGAUAAAAUUAUCCUAUAAAUUGCUUCAUUAAACUUUUGUUAAAUUGUUUUUUAGUUUUAGUUUAUUCCCAGACAAUGUAGCGUGAGAUAAUUGGUAAAUGUUAAUGAAAUUAUGUUAUUUAUUUCAUAUUUUAUAAGGAUUGUUUCAAAAUACAAAGCAUCCUGUCUUCCUAAGCUAUCACAUAAAAAAAAUAUUUCGAAAUGAUUUGGACAUUUAGGUCAAAAGAAAACAAAGACCUGUUUUAAAGCGUUAAUAUCCUAUGACUAAAAAUUUUCAUGAAAUAUGUUUAUCAAAGGUUUACGGGACAAAAUUUGUUUUAUAAACCUUUGAUAAAUGUUUAUAACUGGGAGAGUAAAUCUAUAACUAAAUACUUGAUUUGUUUUGAGCUAAAGACUCACAUUCAUUUUGCGUAUAGAAAACACAUAUUUUUUAAAAAAAAUGUUAAUUUAAUUUUUUGAAAUAAACAAGUUUAUUUUUGUGAAAAUAAUGUUUUUAUUGAAAAACUGAAUUUCUUGUGGAUUCACAAAUUGUUUUGCUGAAAUAGCCUACUUCCGGAAAUGAAAAUUUUUCAUAAAAUACUAACCUGCUAAAAUCUAUAAACAUGACCAUUUAUGAAACAAUUUUGAACUUUAACAUAAAAGUUUUCUAAAUAAAAUGAGGGCUGAAUAUUUAUUCUUUUUUUACCACAUUUCUUCUUUUAAUAGCUAGCCUAUAGGGUGAAGACUUAGGUUAUUGUAUAAUAGGGUCACUUGGGUCCAAAUAUUGAUCUCAUCUUAUAACACGAAACAGAUCAUAUCUCUAUAAUACACGCAGGGCAACAACUUGUACUUGAUUGUUAUUAUAACAACAGUUUUGUCUUUAUGCUUUUUAGAGAAAAUAAUUCAUUUAUUGGAUUUCUCUAAUAAAAGGAAUUUUGAAAAACCAAAUAUUUUCCGAAUUCAGAUUUUUUUUUAACAAUUGGACGUUAAUUAUGUAAAACAUAGAUGUAAUUUGUAACAUGUCAUAUAAAGUUAAUCCGUAAAUGACCUUAAAUAAACAUAAAUUGUUGUCCCCACUUUGCCCUUUUAAAGUAUUUUUAAGUCUGAUUUUUUUAAAGUGUCUAACAGUAUCAUACCAAUUAAAAUGGAAUGAAAUUUAAACAAAAAUGUAAUUAUUGUCAAUUAGAAAAUUUGUUGUAAACAUAAACCUAACAACCAAUGCCUAAUGUUUUACCUUAACAUAAUAUUUAUAUUAUUAAAUCUGUUCUUCAUGAUUUUAGAAACAAAACUUUCAAAUAUGUUUAAAAUACUUUGUUAAAAACUAAAAUUAAAACAAAAACUAAUUGCAAGUAUGUAUGUUAUAGUUAAAAGAAAAAUCAAAUAUUUUCAAAAUAAAU